ACGAAUAGCUAAUCCUAGAAUAGGAAAUACACAGUAACACUCCAGUAUGGCGGACAGUAUGAUGAGUAAAGCAGCCACUAUGGAGAUUCCUAUUAGCAGUAAUGGGGACUCUAGGAAUCUGGCAGAAGAUGACAGUCUGGAGCAGGCUGCAAAGAUUCAGUGGAGCUUAAGAGAGAAGGUAGGGAGUCCCGCAGGCCUCAGGGACUUACAGCAGGUCAUGGUGUCUGGGCCCAACCUAAAUGAGACCAGCAUCGUAUCAGGUGGUUAUGGAGGUACAACAGAAGGCAUCAUUCCAACAAGCUCCAUCAAAGGCCCUGCGAUCCGUCUUAACAUUGACUUUUUGGGCAACAGACACAUUCCAAAUGAAGGGCAAGGGUCCAACAUGCAUCACGCCAGUAGCAAUUCCUCCAUGACAGCAGAAGAGGCCACAAGAGGCAUUGCUGUGGAGAAGUUUGACAUCAUGAAGAAAUGGGGCCUGAACACAUACAAGUGCACCAAACAGAUGAUCUCUGAGAGGUUUGGCCGUGGCUCACGUACUGUGGAUUUGGAGCUGGAGGCUCAGAUUGAGGUUCUGCGGGAAACCAAACGGAAGUACGAGAAUGUGCUGCGUUUAGCGCGAGCGCUAACCAACCACUUUUACAGCAUGGUGCAGACGCAGCAUGCCCUUGGAGACACUUUUGCUGACCUCAGUCUGAAGUCUCCAGAACUUCGGGAUGAGUUCGGAUACAAUGCUGAAACACAGAAGUUGUUGUGCAAGAAUGGAGAGACUCUGCUCGGUGCCAUCAACUACUUUGUGUCCAGCAUCAACACGCUGGUGAACAAAACAAUGGAAGACACAUUGAUGACUAUCAAGAUGUAUGAGAAUGCCAGGCUAGAGUUCGAUGCACACAGGGCAGAUCUGGAGGAGUUGAACAUGGGCCCGCGGGACGCUGUUACUAUGGCUCGUAUCGAGGCUGCUCAGCAGCAGUACCAGAUCCACAAGGAAAAAUAUGAACGUCUCCGCAGUGAUGUCACCAUCAAGCUCAAGUUCCUGGAAGAAAACAAGGUCAAAGUGAUGCACAAGCAACUUCUGCUGUUCCAUAAUGCUAUCUCUGCCUACUUUGCUGGAAACCAGCAACAGCUGGAACAGACCCUCAAGGAGUUCAACAUUAAACUCAAACCACCAGGGGCUGACAAACCUUCUUGGCUGGAGGAACAGUGAAAGUGCCCGUUUAUCCCCGGUGUCCUGUUAUGUCUUUAGCCACACAGAGCAACACAGUUAGGACCACAAGAGACCAGCGUUCUGAGAUGCUAGCAGAGACAGGGGCUACAACAAAGCCUCCUUCACACUAACUCUCUCUAUAUUUCUCUUCCUUGAUUCUUCUUUUCCUCCUCCUCAUCCUGUUCUUGCUCUGAGACUGUUUUCAAGUGUCUGAAUAGUCACAUAUAGUAUAUAACUGGUCCCAAAGGUUCAAAUCAAAUGUCAGUUUAAGCUUCAUCCCUAUAAAAUCCUUCUGAUAUUUCAGUCAGAACAGCUGUUUUUUCCAGAUUAUUCUCAGUCUUACUCGCACGUUCUCUCUCUCUCUCUCUCUGUGAGUGACCACAUCUUGAGGAAAUUUUCCUUUUGUUUUUCUGUGAAAAGCGUUUUAUUUUGCUACUACUAUCUUUUUUCUGUAUUGUAGAUUUGGUCUUGUAGCUAAUGCGGGGUCUAGAUUAUUCCUAUCACAGAGCUUUCAGUGUUCACUGUCGGUGGUUCUAACAAAAAGUCAUUUUAUUUUGAUAAAAUCCAGAUAUAGUUUUAUCUGAUAUUGGUAUUGAAUAUGGUUGUACGUAUGUAUGUUAACUAGGCCUUGAGAGUACGGUUUAGUCAAUCCUCGUCCAGUUGUCUCUCUUUAAAAUACUUUGAAUUCAUGAAAUAUUACAUUUAAUAUCUUAAAAUGAGGUACUCAUUUUAAGUUAUUUAAUCUCAAAUUAAUAAUACUGAAAUAUGUUAUGGACUUAAUUUCAUCAGAUGUGGGUGCAUAGUUUCCUGCACGUUUAACAAAGCCUGGCAAGAUGAAUCUAAAAAUAAGUUUCUUUACGGCUUUGAAUUUAUGAAGCAUGAUUUUUUUUUUUCUUUUCUCCAGUUUAUUUUAUUUUGACAGUUUUAGUUUGUAGUAUUAUGUACCAAUGCAUAAUGCUGCAGAAUGUUUAUUGGUUUAUGAUGCUCAUUUUUAAGUUAAUAAUCAUAAGUUAAUCAAGGAAGUGUAUGUAUGAGUAUUUGAUUGUUUUAAACAGGGCAGUUAUUGAGGCCCACCAUUAUCUGCCUCUUUAUCUACCAAAAAUUGCACUAAUAUUUAUGUACUGACUUCUGUUAAUGUAAGCAAAGCCCUAAUAUUCUUCCAUGGUGCAUUCAAAUUGCAAUUGGUUCUGAUGCACCCUGUGUUUAAUUACUUUAUCUGCCUUGGUAAAAAAAAAACAAAGCAAUUUUCCCCCCAAUGAAAGAUUUAUAUUAAUAUCACAGUAACUUUUUUUUUCUUUCUGUGCUAAUGUAUUAAAAUAUAGUACAAAAUCUUACAGAUUUUGUUAUAACAAUUUAAAAAUAUAAACAUUUCAAAAUAUUUUUUGUAUUUAUUUUUUAUUUGUGAGGAGAUUGUAUAAUCAGAUGAGUUUUACUGCGUUUUCACUACAUAAUUUUCCACCGAAAAUAUCUACAUAAUGGUCAUAAUAUCUACAUAAUUUUUUUUAAUAAAUUAGUACGUCCCCCCCCCCUCCCUUUUUUCUUCCUCCAGUGAGUUCAAAACACACUGAAAAAUGUUGCUUUUGCUCUUAACACAUCUGAUACAGUGAUAAUGGGGUUAAAAUGCAGACUGUCAGAUUAUGGUUUGUCAGUGUAGUUUAUUUUGGUAACACUUUACAAUGAGGUUAAUGAGAUAACAUUAACAAAUUACAAGUAACAUUACAUUAACAAGGAUUUAUAAAUCGUGUAGUAAGUAUAUUGUUUGUUCAUGUUAGUUAAUUCAUAAACUACAUGGUAACAAAUGCACCUUAUUGUAAAGUGUUACCUUUAUUUUUAUUUCAUUAUGUAAGAUUGAAAUAACGACUAUGAUCUAAUGUUCAAUACUUUUGAACAUUGCACUAAAUCUUUCUAAGCUUGAGAUGAAGCAAUACUGAAGAUGUUUCUAGAAAGUGUAUUUUCAUGUAUGCCUAUAUUGACUGUCCCUUGUGUGUUUCUGCAUGGCAGGUCUGAUGACAUUAGUUGUACAUUUCCAUGCAUUGUGAUUCAGUCCUUUUCAAUGUAUCAGUAAAACACUACAUGGGUACUACUGCAGGAAAACGUUUCUAGAAAAAACAAAACAGAAAGGGUUCUUGUGAACGUCAAAGGAUGCUUGAAAUUUAGAUUGAAUGUCAACUAAUGAAGACCGUACAAUGUCUGUUUUCUUUGCUUUUCUUUUUUUAAAAAAAAAUAAAUAAAUAAAA